AUGCAGAGGGCGACUAAUGUGACCUACCAGGCUCACCAUGUCAGCAGGAACAAGCGUGGUCAGGUGGUGGGGACGAGAGGAGGCUUCCGUGGAUGCACUGUCUGGCUCACAGGUAUACAGAAUAACUAAAGUUCAGUUAGCUUGGUCCCAGAUCUGUUUGUGCUGUCUUGUCAACUCCUAGGGUCAUUGGUUGUUGUGAGAAUGACCAUAGGAGUUGGCAAGACAGCAUAAACAGAUCUGGGACCAGGUUAUCGUUAGUUACAGUCUUCAAUGAAAUACAAAUGUUUUAUCAAGCCUUUCUUUCAGUCACUUUAUAUUCACUCACAUUGUAACUCACCAUUGAACAAGGUUUACUGACGUAUUUGGGUUUCAUGUACUACCAAAAGACAAUAUUAGCAUUCAAUCAACGGUAGCAUUUUUAAAGAAUGCAUCACAUUCAUCCACGCUCUGCCUUCAAUUCUAAUAUUGACAGGCACCAUUUGUUAUCAUGCAUUCAAUGCUAACAUUGAUGGCCACCAUUUUUGUCAUUCAUUCAAUGGUAAUAUUGACCCAAUGCUAAAAUUGGGUAUUGCUAGCUGGCUACAUUCAAUGCUAAUAUUGACCAACCACCAUCAACACCUAUUUCUCGCCACUCUCUCCCACCCAGGUUUGUCUGGGGCUGGGAAGACCACGGUGAGCAUGGCCCUGGAGGAGUACCUGGUGUGCCACGGCAUCCCCUGCUACUCGCUGGACGGAGACAACAUCCGCCAAGGCUUGAACAAGAACCUGGGCUUCAGCCCCGAGGACCGCGAGGAGAACAUCAGGCGUAUAGCCGAGGUGGCCCGCCUGUUCGCCGACGCAGGGCUCGUCUGCAUCGCCAGCUUCAUUUCGCCCUACGGACGGGUGAGUUGGGGGUGGGAGAGGACAGAAUAGAAGGGGGAUAUAGUAAGACAGAGAGGAAGAGGUGACAAGUCAUGAGGAAGAGAGGAAAAAUAAAGGUGGAGAUGGGGAGAGUUAAUAUGCUGCUACUUAUGUUUUGCCUGUAAUUCCCAGUUGAUGAUUUCAGAAACACUCUAUCGUCAUCAGGAGUUAACUAUCCCGUUGUUUGUCUCCCCGUCGUCCAGGAUCGUGUGAACGCCAGGAAGAUCCACGAGGCUGCAGGCCUGCCCUUCUUCGAGGUGUUUGUGGACGCGCCGCUUGACGUGUGUGAACAGAGAGACGUCAAGGGUCUCUACAAGAGAGCCAGGGCGGGAGAGAUCAGAGGUAACGCAAGCUAAAUAACACAUACAUAUAGCUUAUACAUGUAGGCAUUUUACCAUAAAGAACUCUUAUAGCAUUAGUAAGUAUGAAAAAGUGUACGAGAAAAGUCUCUAGAGAAAGUAUGUAAAGUGUAUUGGUUUUGACCAGCAGGUACAUGAUCUCAUGUCUUUGGCUGUUGUUACCAGACAAAGUGCUGUGUCGUUUAUCGCUCAGUGAAACAGUGAGUCACAAGCUAAGGAAGUUGCUGGGUUAAGAUCUCAAUCUAGUCUAGUGCACCAUGCUAAGCUCUGAGUUCAAGUUAUACACAGUAUAAACACGGUGUAGACAGUAUAAACACGGUGUAGACAGUAUAAACACGGUGUAGACAGUAUAAACACGGUGUAGACAGUAUAAACACGGUGUAGACAGUAUAAACACGGUGUAGACAGUAUAAACACGGUGUAGACAGUAUAAACACGGUGUAGACAGUAUAAACACGGUGUAGACAGUAUAAACACGGUGUAGACAGUAUAAACACGGUGUAGACAGUAUAUAAACACGGUGUAGACAGUAUAUAAACACGGUGUAGACAGUAUAUAAACACGGUGUAGACAGUAUAAACAUGGUGUAGACAGUAUAAACAUGGUGUGCACAGUAUAAACAUGGUGUAGACAGUAUAAACAUGGUGUAGACAGUAUAAACAUGGUGUAGACAGUAUAAACACGGUGUAGACAGUAUAAACAUGGUGUAGACAGUAUAAACAUGGUGUAGACAGUAUAAAACAUGGCGUAGACAGUAUAAACAUGCGUAUAGACAGUAUAACAUGUAGCGUAGACAGUAUAAACACGGCGUAGACAGUAUAAACACAGGCGUAGACAGUAUAAACACACGUGGUAGACAGUAUAAACACGGUGUAGACAGUAUAAACACGGUGUUAGACAGUAUAAACACGGUGUAGACAGUAUAAACACGGUGUAGACAGUAUAAACAUGGUGUAGACAGUAUAAACAUGGUGUAGACAGUAUAAACAUGGCGUAGACAGUAUAAACAUGGCGUAGACAGUAUAAACAUGGCGUAGACAGUAUAAACACGGCGUAGACAGUAUAAACACGGCGUAGACAGUAUAAACACGGCGUAGACAGGAUAAACACGGUGUAGACAGUAUAAACACGGUGUAGACAGUAUAAACACGGUGUGCACAGUAUAAACAUGGUGUAGACAGUAUAAACAUGGUGUGCACAGUCCAAUGAAAUGCUUACUUGUAGGUUCCUUCAUGCUAAUCUCUGAGUUGUACGCAUGAGACAACGUACUGUGAAGCCUAGUUAUGCUGUCCUAAUGGUCAAACUGGUCAAGACAUGAUCUACCAGGUGCUGUAUGUCAGGUAGUGGAAUGAAACAUUGAAUGGGGGAUGGGGUGGGAUUCAGCCCCGAUCAAGCCUGUCCUCAGACCACACUAUUAAGAAGCUUGUCUCUUCAAGUCAUGCCAAUCUGGAUGAUAAGCAGUGUGAACCAUGUCUACAAAAAGCCUGAUUUAAUUUAAUUUGUGUGACUUGUGCAGUGGUUCCCAACCAGAGGUACUAUGACCCCUGGGGGUACUUGAGGAGACUCAUGAGACCGUAGGGUUACUGUUAAAAUGCACAUGAGGAGGUACUUCAGGGGUACUCCGGGCAGAGCAGAAUUCAGUUUGUGGUACAGUAACUGAUAAAGUUUUGGAACCACUGACUUAAUGGGGUGGCGCACAAUUGGCCCAGCGUCGUCCAGGGUAGGGGAGGGAAUGGCCGGCAGGGAUGUAGCUCAGUUGGUAGAGCAUGGCGUUUGCAACGCCAGGGUUGUGGGUUCGAUUCCCACGGGGGGCCAGUAUGAAAAAAAGUAAUAAUGUAUGCACUCACUAACUGUAAGUCGCUCUGGAUAAGAGUGUCUGCUAAAUGACUAAAAUGUAAAUGUUAGUGGAUAGAUAUUACCUUCCCUGCAACUUUAAUGAAGUCACAACCUUUCUGCAAAUUAGGAAAUUACAUAUUGAUUCAUUGAUUCAUAUUCAGCUAUCGUUAUUCAUGCCAAUUGAGUGACUGAUUCAGCUAUUUUAUGAAUUAAUUGUGAAUGUUUUCUCCAUCAGGUUUCACUGGGAUAGACUCGGAGUAUGAGAAACCAGAGGCCCCAGAGCUGGUGCUGAAGACUGACUCCUGCAGUGUCAAUGAGUCUAUACAGCAGCUCAUUGACCUGCUACAGGAGAAGGUGAGAGAAACAUCCAUCCAUUCAUCCAUCCAUUCAUAGAUGAGGUUUGAUAUAAACAGAUGAAUUGAAACCUGAAACAUGGAGGCAUGGUGUCACAUUUAAUUCCCACCACUAGAGGGUAAUGUCUUCACACUUUCAGAUUGGGAUUCACAUUUCCAGAAAACUAACUCCUCACAGCUGUAUAACUGCCACUUUCACACCCCUGAAUUCAUAUCCAACGCAAUCAACCUCUUGGAUGUUCUCGUUUUGCAAUAACGUUUAGUGCAUUUUCACUGAUAUAAUGAAUUAAUAUUUGUAGGAUAUAGUGCCGGUGGAUGCUUCCUAUGAAGUGAAGGAGCUGUACGUAGUGGAGAACAAGCUGGACCUGGCCAAGACAGAUGCUGAGACACUGCCUGCUGUGCAGAUUGGAAAGGUAACCGUUAUCAUCAAAUACCAUUUGUGCUAACACCUUCUGGUAUUUUUCGAGAGUCUAGGGGGGAUGGAAAGAUAAUUUGUUGUAAGAUUCUAAAGGCCUAUGUGAAAGUGAUAAUUGAAUGUGAUGAGAACAUUUCUGAAAGCAUGUUUGACCACACUCUGAAUGCUGUUGAACCAUUAUUUGAGUGCUGAUUGACCGCCGUUUGACCACAGGUGGACAUGCAGUGGGUUCAGGUGCUUGCUGAGGGCUGGGCCACGCCCCUGAACGGCUUCAUGAGGGAGAGGGAGUUCCUGCAGUGUCUCCACUUUGACUGUCUCUUGGACGGUAAGACAGCACGACGGCCCUUUCUCAAUAGUCUUUCCUUGAUCCCCUCAUGUUUUCCUAUUGUCCUCGCCUCCUUCUCAAAAUGUCCGCCUUUCUUAGUCCUCCCACUGACAUUUUGAGGAGGUUGUAAAUCUGCUGUGAAAAACACAGGUGUAUUUCUCUCACAGUGAAGUCAAAUGAAUUGAUGGGUGUCAUGCUCUAUAAUGGACACUAGAGGGAGAUGAAGGCUCACAAAAGGACAUGGUGGAACUUUACAAGUGGUCGGAUUAUCCUCAAUAUAUUACCUCAAAAUGACCAAAUACAAUUGAAUACAUUAGUCAAUCAAAAGUAAGUCUGAUUUUAGAUGAAAGAAACAGAGGGAUAAUUUGACCAUGCUAUUGUGUUGAGUCAUCGGGAUCGUUUUACGCUUCAGGCUCAAGACUCAGUCAUUUAUAUUCUCUGGAAACAAAUAUAACCGGUAUCUUUUGAGUUGGGCUAAAGGAGCGCCGCGGGGCGCUCCGUCUUGUAACCCAGUCUUGGUAUUGUUGAAACUGUGUAAUUACACCAAUUUCCUACACAGCGUUUGAAUUUCCAAAAAAUAGUCAAUUUGCUUUUAUUGCCCACAUAACACUGACCCUUAAGGCGACGUGUGUGAUGUGUUGCCAAUACAUACUGGCGCGAACGCACACACACGCAGCAUAAAAAUGUGUUAAAUAGCCGAAAUGAUAACCAAGCCAGUGUUUCAUUAGCUGUCCGAUAUCACAGGUGUUCCUUACAACAACAACUCUCCAUUCUUCACAGCACUGUAUCCAACAAGAGUCUGAACGUCCCAAAAAUUUUGGGGAUCAGGUCUGGGUUUUCUUUUGAUAUCGUUUCAAUAUGUUUUGGACCAGAGCUAAUGGCGACUAUGCUGUGGAAAGUAAAGGGAACUGGGCCUGUGUAGUGUGUGUGUGCUUGGGAGAGAACGCUGAAUGAAAUGUGUCGAUGUGCAGUGUCCUCACUCGGGUUUGGCGUGUUUGUCCUAGCGAGGGAAAUGUGAGCGGAGGAAAAGGAUGAAGCCUCAAUAUUGAUUGCCUCCACAAACGAUCACUUGUCUAUUUCCAGUUCCUUCUAGGGAUUUCACAAUGCUGGAGGAGCUUCCUUCCACACAAUAACAACUGAACCAAACAUGAUUGGAUAGACUUCAGAUCAUUCGUUCAUUUGAAUAACAACGUUUGUAGUUAAAUGACCCUUUUACCCUCACUUUCACUUAGGGUUGCAAAAUUCUGGUAACUUUCCCAAAAUUCCCUGGUUUUCCAGAAAUUCUGUUUGGAAGAUUCCUGGAAUUACGAGGGAAUAAGCAGGAAAUACGGGAAUCUUCCAACCAGGAUUUCUGGUAAACUAGGGAAUUCUGGUAAAGUUACCGGAAUUUUGCAACCCUACUGUCACUUCAUUGUAAUCUGUCCCUGAUUUGGAGUCCCAGUUAGUGGGAGAGACAAGGACACCAGCAUUUCCCUGGUGUACGACUGUGUUGUGUGUUUGUGCCAGCUCCAUGUUUAGCAUGGGCCAGGCCGGGACAGCAGGCAGGUCUGUGAUUGCGUGUCUUAUUGAAGCCAGCUGUGUGUGCUAACUCAGUGACAGAGGACCAAGGAGUGGGGCGGGCGGGGGGGGUGGGGGUUGGCAGCAAUGGCAUCCCAUCCAACAACACACCAUCUGAUCCAAUAGGAUGUGAAAAGCGUGCCGGUCAUGUUGGUUUAAUCAAGGUGUAGGGCUAAAUUAAUCUGCCAACGUCAUGUCAACACAGGGCCUCUCUCUCUCUCGUGCUCUCUCUCUCGUCUCUCUCUCUCUCGUGCUCUCUCUCUCUCCGUCUCUCUCUCUCUCGUGCUCUCUCUCUCUCUGUCUCUCUCCCUGUUUCUCUCUCCCUGUUUCUCUCUUAUUUUUCUCUCUUUCUUUCUUUCUUUCUUUCUUUCUUUCUUUCUUUCUUUCUUUCUUUCUUUCUUUCUUUCUUUCUUUCUUUCUUUCUUUCUUUCUUUCUUUCUUUCUUUCUUUCUUUCUACGAGGGUCAGAAACCAGCUGAAUGCACAAGACUGGAUGGUGGUUGUUCACUAAUCACCUCGUAUAUCUAAAACUUCUAAGUAUUCCCUGGCAUAGUAUGCAGUAGGUAUGCUGUACUUGAAGUUAUUGUAAGAGGGACUGUGAUGCUGCAGUUUUGCUGAUGGGGCUGUCUGGUUUCUGACCUAUCAACAUCCUCUAUUAGCUGCCUGAAGUUGAUUUAGUCUGUGUUUCAAUGCACUAACACGGCUAACUUCCACGUCUCCUUUCCUUCAUUCAACCACUGUCGUAUUUUACAAAUGUAUCAAGUACAAUUGACCCCCUCAAUCAACCAACCCACCUGUUCCCCUCCCGUCCCCUAGGUGGCGUCAUAAACCUGUCGGUGCCGGUGGUGCUGCCGGUGUCCGGGGCGGACAAGGAGCGCCUGGAUGGCGUGACGGCCAUGGCUCUGGUGUACGAGGGCCGCCGCGUGGCCAUCCUCCGCAAUCCCGAGUUCUACGAGCACCGCAAGGAGGAGCGCUGCGCCCGCCAGUGGGGCACCACCUGCAAGGACCACCCCUACAUCAAGGUCAGUGGUUAGUUCCAGAUACCCCUACCACAUAGACAGGCAGGGCAGCCACCGUCCGGUCCACUGCAGCGCGAGGGGUGUUGUGCCAGGAAAAAGCUGUCAAUGUUGAAAACUGUUGAGUAACACCCCUGCAUCAAGGUCAGUGGUUAGUUCCAGAGAGCCUAUCACAUAAACGGACAGUGGGGGCUACGGACCGUUCCACUGCACAGAAAGGGGUGUCUUGACUUGCCGACGAAAGCUGUCACUAUUGAAAACUGUCAUGUAACAUGUUGAAACGACAGUGUUUGUUAUCUUUGUUUUGCUCAAACCGGUGCUCGUGACAGCUUCAGGUGACAGUGUAUGUCAUGUGUGACAGGGAGGAGCCUUGAAGUUCUCACACCUCCCUCCACCACGUUUAUUAUCAUACACCCAUACCUUCUGUUACGGCUACACAGUCUCCAGAGCUCUUUAGAAUAUCCCACUGAUGGUUAUUAUGAAAUGGAACCCUGGUGAUAAUACUGAACAAUACAGGCAGGGCCCUGAGACGGUUACCCUUAACGUGCUGUUUGGUAAACACUCUCCCCAUGUCCAACCCAACCAACUCUCCCCUUGGACUUGUACGCACGCACACACACACACACACACAUUCGUUCUAAUAGAAGACAGAUUCUAGGUGACCCUUUUCCUCAAUGCUGCUUAUGGAAGGACUGAAUAAAGAAAGGAGCUGCUCUCGCCUCCUUCCCCUGUCAGAACUGCUUGUGUAAUCGCUCCAUCCCCCUCGGACCGCCCUCAAUUCGCACACAUGUUUUAUUUGGAUCACAGUCUCUCUCUCUCGGCCCUCUCUCUCCAUCUGGCCCCUUCAAACUGCAUUUUAUUUACACAGGGCUUUUAGUAAAGCUAUCCUGGACUUGGAGCUGGCCCCGCUGAACACACACACACACACGCUAACCCCCGCCAGCAGCCACCCACCCUUAUCCAUUCCAAAUAUACCCCAGCAAAUAUAGCAACAAUUGUUUCCAUCUGCCUCGUAUUGACUGUUAUUAUAUCAGUGGGUGCUCAGGUAGACUUGAUGGCGAGUGAAAUGAUCCCAACCCUUUGCUUAAAAAAAAUAACAGGCACCAGCCGAGCCGUGGCGAGGGAUCAAACCUGGAAAAGCUGUAUCUCUCACACACACACACACACACAAGUGCAGUUGCACACACACGCCGCCACAUCACACAGCAGGACUGGAGACCUAAACCCUAUCCUCUAGACUGAUGGUGGCAGUAGCCGGGCUAGGGUUAUUUUUGCUAACUGUCUCGGGACAAUUUUGUCUCCCUCGGGACAAUUUUGUGCCUUGUUGCACACACACACACAGAGGGAGCUGGAGUAGUGCUAUACUGUCUUCAGCCUAACUCAGUCUGAUGAUUUUAAACACACUGAACAGACACACUUAACACUUAACCUAAUUGUAAAGCCCUGCCCUGUUGAAAGUCAUUGGCUGGGUGAGGUACUGUGAAUCUGAAUACCACAUAGGCCUAGUGAGCUAGGCGUCUCUCCUGUUUCACUCAAACUGACCUUCAAUUCAACAAAGACUUGAGUUGAACAGUCAACACUAUCUUCAGCGUCUGUCAUCCAUUCUGGGUUGGUGUUCAGUUGGAGACACUGUCAGUUUACCAAGAAAGCAGCGUGGUUGGCUGUCCAUCAGCUACCCAUAAUCCUCUAGUGCUUCUGAGUCUGGUGGCUCUGGCCCUGCUGCAGGCAAUGCAUGCUGGGUAGUGGGUUCUCCCAGACCUGUCACUCACUCUGUUUCUCCAACCGUGCCUCCUGUCCUGUCUCCGCUGUGUGUGUACAGCUUGCUAUGAUUAAGGUGUCACUCGUUAAAGAGCGUGUGUGUGUGUGUUUAACUCCCUGCGCUGGAGCCGAUCCAUCAACACACCCCUCGCGGGCGGCAGCCCCUCAUCCCGUCUCCGUCUCUCUCUGAGACUAGGAAUAACCUGCUCCGUAUUACGUUGCGGUUAAUCCACGUUUCCUGUUUACUCCUGUCAGGGCGACAGGAGCCUUCACGUCGGAAACUACAGCAUGCUGCAUUGUUUAAUUUAGCAGGAGCCCCCUUAUAUCUAAAACACAGUGUGUGUGUGUGUGUAUUAUCGUGUAAAUGCUGCUUUGGGUUACCCUGAGCUAGCAUACUACUAUCAUUUUCCAUCUUAGAAUGUUUAAAAAAGAUCUAAUGUGUGUUUGGGAUUUGAAUUGAAGCCGGUUUUCCUCAGAUUGGUCUUUUCUGUCUCAGCCUCCAAAGUAAGGGCUGUUCGUCUGCUUUACCACUGAUCUGAAGCCAGUAGAUCAGACUAGGGGCGGCAGGUAGCUUAGUGGUUAAGAGCGUUGUGCCAGUAACCGAAAGGUCGCUGGUUCUAAUCCCCGAGCCGACUAGGUGAAAAAUCUGUCUGUGCCCUUGAGCAAGGCACUUAACCCUAAUUGCUCCUGUAAGUCGCUCUGGAUAAGAGCGUCUGCUAAAUGACUAAAAUGUAAAAAUGUAGUUGGAUUUAGUGGAAUGAAUGCACUUCUUCACAUCGUUACACUAAACUCCUCCAUCCAUCCUUCCUCUCUGGCUUAUUCAUGAUAAUAAAAAGAGGGCAGACUUGUAGCCACUUCUGUUCUCUCUCUCAAAUAUGUUUCAUUGAAGACUAAAGAUAUAUGCAGUGUACAUCAUCUUGUGAAUAAUAUAAGCGCCAUUUUCUUAGUUGUGUUGUGAAAAACAACCCCCUGCCUUCCACAACUUGCAAAGGCUUGGGCCAAGUGCACUACCAACGUCUGUCAGAAACAGUCAGUGCUACUGUGGAAUCCUCCUCAGAAUAUAAAAUUAUAGCCAGUGAAAUCUAAGACUCAGCCCCCAUACAGUUAAAUCCAUAUGAAUAAACCCCCCCCCCCCCCCCCCCCCCCCCCCCUUAAAUCAAAACCAUUACAUGCCAGUGUGACCAUGUUAUCUGGGACAUCAUAACUGAUCACUAGCAGGCUCAUAUUAUUUUCUAACCUUAACUCCUUGAGUAAUAUUGAAUAGCCAUCUCUAUAAGACACCGUUGUGUACUUCUGGUCUCCCUGGUCCUGCCGUAGUCGAUCCAUAGUCCUGACGCUUUGAUGGCUUUAGUACCUACCCUGCAGAGUGUACUCCAUAGAGAGCUCUAUUACGGGGCAGGUCCAGUGGUUACAGUGUAGCCAGCACAGACUCCAGUAGUAAAUGCCCAGAGAGGCAGACCAGGAGUUAUAGCCUGAAACAAAGCUGGCUUUGCCUGAGUUUAGCAGUACUUUGGGGACAUUAGAACAAUCUUGUAAGGGGAAAAAUCGCUUCAAUGCGGUCCAUGAGCUCAUCAUGAAUGGUGUCUCAUUGUGGAUUACAUUACACAUCAUAUUUAGUCUUCCUCUGAGUUUUUUUUGCGAAAGUCAAGAGAGAGAUGCGGUCAAAGGCAUAAAGCAAAGGGGAUUCUUCAUUCUUUCUCACUGGGUUCCAAUUUGUAGGAGUCUCUCGUUCAACUUUUUUAUAUGUUGUAUUUAAAGUUGUCUGGGGCUGUUAUUGAUUUUAUAUACGUAAUCCCGCCCCACUUGCAGCGGUUGCCAGAUUGGGAAGGUUUACUGUUUGAACAGUCCUUAAUGGAUGUCAUAACUGCAGUAUGAACAUGGUAGAGGAGUUUUUUACCCUCAGUUUCAAAUUUAUCCAUAGCCUCAGGCUCUUCAUGUACCUCUGACAGGAUUGGAUAGGUAUAAGCAAUAUGACCAUUACUGCACCUUGCUCUUCUUUGAUAGGCUAUCUGAAAUGUUCACCAUAUUGCUUACACCUAUCCAGUCCUUUCAGAUCUGCACAAUACCCGGAGUUAAAUAAGUUCUGGUAAAAGGUAAUUGAAAUGUCCUGGAAAAUGUUGUUUUAAAAAAUACCUGGAAAAUAUAUGGGUCACAGUGAAGUCGGGUGUAGUACUGUAUGAUGCUGAUGGUCAGAGUGUUGUCUCUGUCUGGUCCAGAUGGUAAUGGAGAGUGGAGACUGGUUGGUAGGAGGAGACCUGCAGGUCCUGGACAAGAUUAGCUGGAACGAUGGCCUGGACCAGUACAGACUCACCCCCACUGAGCUCAAACACAAGUUCAAGGAGAUGAAUGCAGGUAAUGUGAAGAGAGUUAGCGAACAGAGAACAGCCUAACCAUCUGUUGAGCCUCCAUCUCUCCUCUCCUCUCAGUUUAAGAAAAGCACGAUCUCAAUCAGUCUUUGUCGGACCUUUUUCUCCCUCCAGACGCAGUGUUUGCCUUCCAGCUGCGUAACCCGGUGCACAACGGCCACGCCCUCCUCAUGCAGGACACCCACAGGCGUCUGAUGGAACGGGGCUACCGCCGGCCCGUCCUACUGCUGCACCCACUGGGCGGUUGGACCAAGGACGACGACGUGCCUUUAGAGUGGCGCAUGAAGCAGCACGCCGCCGUGCUGGACGAGGGCGUGCUCAAACCCGAAAACACCAUCGUGGCCAUCUUCCCGUCGCCCAUGAUGUACGCCGGCCCCACUGAGGUAAGCUAGCAGUGACCUGACCAUAGAAAUAAAACCCAUAGAACGGUCCUCCCCAUUCAAGUCAAUGGUUGAAAUAAUGGGUGGACUGGCAGCCAAGUCCAUUCCAUGGAUUCUAUUUCUAUGGACCUGACAAAGUCUGUAACACAAGCCAAAGUAAUGAGUACACUUGGGAGCACAGUUCGAGAACUGGAGGCUACUUAAAUUGCCUGAUGGUCACAGUGAUUGUAAUAUGAUGGGACAGUCCGAUUUAGACUUAGAAAGUUGAAUAUUAUUUCUGUCCUUUUAUGUUGUCUUUACUUGAUGCUUGUCUAGCUGUUUGAAGUCUGCUGCUGUGCUUUAAUCAUGUAGUCAGGGUUAUGGGGAGAUGAUCAUUGAGACCAGACUGAGCUAUGUUCAGUUCUGUUCUGGGGAACACAAUGCAGCCUGAAGAGAAAUGGCCCAUCAUCUGUCUGUGUGAUCUUACAGCCUGGCAUCAAAUGCACCACAAAAGCUUCCUUAUUGUUAAAAGUAGAUCCAACGCGUUUCUGCUUUUUUGGGGCCUUCUGAGGAUAAAGAAGCUUUUUAAUGUAAUUCGAUUGUCCUCCAAGAGUUGCUGCAUCUUCUCUCUACUUCAGUUGUCUCCUCAAUUCAUUCACUGUUGUUGGAAAGCGAGGUAGUGGUAAUGAUCCCUUCCCUUCAGAUGCCCUACACCCAUACAAAAUAAAGACUUGCUGUGCCCGAAAUUAUACAACAUGCCUAAGUGCAGUCCAUAACCAUACAUUUAGAAGAAAAUAAACUGAACAAACUACUACAAUAUUUUUCCGGCCUCAUCCAAUACCCUAUGAAAUGUUAUGUGCGUUUGACUACAUAUGCUACAUUCCCAUCCAUCAUAAGUCAAGUUUAUUUGUCAUACGGUGCCUUCAGAAAGUAUUCAUACCUCUUGACUUAUUCCACAUUUGAUGAAAUUGUGUUUUUUUCUCACCAAUCUACACACAAUACCCCAUUAUGACAAAGUGAAAACAACAUGUUUUUAGAAACUUUUGCAAAUGUAUUGAAAAUUAAAUACAGAAAUAUCUCAUUAACAUAAGUAUCACAACCCUGAGUCAAUACAUGUUAGAAUCACCUUUGGCAGCGAUUUAAUGCUGUGAAUCUUUCUGGGUAAGUCUCUAAGAGCUUUGCACACCUGGAUUGUACAAUGUUUGCCCAUUAUUUUGUUCAAAAUUCUUCAAGCUCUGUCAAAUUGGUUGCUGAUCAUUGCUAGACACCCUUUUUCAAGUCUUGCCAUAGAUUUUCAAGCAGAUUUAAGUCAAAACUGUAACUCGGCCACUUCGGAACAUUCACUGUCUUCUUGGUAAGCAACUCCAGUUUAGAUUUGGCCUUGUGUUUUAGGUUAUUGUCCUGCUGAAAGGUGAAUUAAUCUCCCAGUGUCUGGUGGAAAGCAGACUGAACCAGGUUUUCCCCUGUACUUGGCUCCAUUAUGUUUAUUUUUUAUCCUGAAAAACUCCCCAGUUUUUAACGAUUACAAGCAUACCCAUAACAUGAUUCAGCUACCACUAUGCUUGAAAAUAUGGAGCGUGGUACUCAGUUAUGUGUUGUCUUGGAUUUGACCCAAACAUAUUCAGGACAAAAAGUGAAUUGCUUUGCCACAUUUUUUUGCAGUAUUACUUUAGUGCCUUGAUGCAAACAGGAUGCAUGUUUUGGAAUGUUUUUAUUCUUUACAGGCUUCCUUUUCACUCUGUCAGUUAGGUUAGUAUUGUGGAGUACCUACAAUGUUGUUGAUCCAUCCUCAUUUUUUUCCUAUCACAGCCAUUAAACUCUGUAACUGUUUUAAAGUCACCAUUGGCCUCAUGGUGAAAUCCCUGAGCGGUAUCAAAUCAAAUCAAAUUUUAUUGGCCACAUGCGCCGAAUACAACAGGUGCAGACAUUACAGUGAAAUGCUUACUUACAGCCCUUAACCAACAGUGCAUUUAUUUUUUAUAAAAAAGUAAAAUAAAACAACAACAAAUGUGUUGAGAAAAAAAGAGCAGAAGUAAAAUAAAAUAACAGUAGGGAGGCUAUAUAUACAGGGGGGUACCGUUGCAGAGUCAAUGUGCGGGGGCACUGGCUAGUUGAGGUAGUUGAAGUAAUAUGUACAUGUGGGUAGAGUUAAAGUGACUAUGAGUUAGGAAGGACGCCUGUAUCUUUUGUAGUUACUGGAUGUAUUGACACACCAUCCAAAGUGUAAUUAAUAACUUCACCAUGCUCAAAGGGAUAUUCAAUGUCUGCUUAUUUAGUUUUUUUACCAUCUACUAAUAGGUGCCCUUCUUUGCGAGGCGUUGGAAAAACUCCCUGGUCUUUGUGGUUGAAUCUGUGUUUGAAAUUCACUGCUCGGUUGAGGGACCUUACAGAUCAUUGUAUGUGUGGGGUACAGAGAUAGUCAUUAAAAAUCAUGUUAAACACUAUUAUUGCAGUCCAUGUAACGUAUUAUGUGACUUGUAAAGCACAUUUUUACUCCUGAACUUAUUUAAUAAUAUUUAGGCUUGCCAUAACAAAGGGAUUGAAUUGACUCGAGACAUUUCAGCUUUUCAUUUUUUAUUAGUUAGUAAAAAUGUCAAAAAACAUAAUUUCACUUUGAUAUUAUGGGGUAUUGUGUGUAGGCCAGUGACAAUCUCAAUUUAUUCCAUUUUAAAUUCAGGUUAUAACAACAAAAUAUGGAAAAAGUCAAGGGGUGUGAAUACUUUCUGAAGGCAUUGUAUGCACAGGAUACACAUGGUACGCAUGGUACAAUGCUUACUUGCAGGUUCCCUAUCGACGAUGCCACAUGAUAAGAGUAAGCAAGUUAAGAAUAAUACAAAAUAAACUCAAUGUAAUAAAACAUUUAGUACAUUUAGCAGGAAUAUAAAUCCAGGGAAGGCACAGUAGGAUAUUUACACAUGUGCCGGGGAGGAGCAUAAAAUAAAAUAGCUGCCAGAUUGGAGGGAGUGGGUUCACAUGGCUCUGGCCCUGAGUGUCCAUCUUAAGACCCGCUUCCAACCUGGCAACCAGCUAACAAAACAAUGCACUUCAUCCCUCCCUCGCCAGACUGCCUACAGAGUUUAACUGUUUUUUUUUCUUCUCCUAACUCCUUUUGUUCUCUCAUCAAGGGCUUUUAGUUUAAGGACUAGCGUUUUAGGUUGAAGACUUCCAAUUUUAAGACUUGGAUGGGAGUGUAUGGGGUGGGUAAGUAGUAGGAUAGGCCAAAAGAAUGAAGUCUUGUUUUCUUUAGUCAUUUGAAACUUCCACUCGAGUUCAGUUUAUUGUUGUUUCUGUAAUGUGUGGUAAAACCAGAUUCUCGCAUUUCGACGGUGGGCGCUACGUUCGGGGGGGGAUUUGAGCACUCCUGUCCAAACGUCAUUACCGUAAUUGACUGUUUAUUAUUGAAGAAAUUGCUUUGUAAUGUAGUUAUAGGGGGCUUGCUUCCAUGUCCAUCGGCAGCAGCAGCGAGAGCAAUGUUCACUCGUAUUUAGGGUAAUUGUGCUCCACCGUACGUGAUUACGAAUCAGUCAAGGUAAUCAAGUGCUGUUUUUCCCUUCCCAUCUCUCUCACCACAACGUGCCUGUUGUGGCAAGGCCUCCUUGUUUUUCCAACCCACUGAAAGAGCUGCCCAACCACUUCCCCUUCUCCUGGCUUACCAUUAAAACGUUCUAAACGUUAGCAUUCACUUUGAGUGACCAGAGGGGUUUUCCCAUUGAAAAUGCUAAAAGGUAGCAUUAGCGCUAAGUCUAGUAUUUUUUCCCAUCAGAAAUGCCAAAAGUUAGCAUUGACAUUCAUUUUGAUUAACUAGUAUAUAUAUUUUUUACCAUAAUACCACAGGUGCAGUGGCACUGCCGUGCCCGAAUGGUGGCCGGCGCCAACUUCUACAUUGUGGGUCGCGACCCGGCGGGGAUGCCCCACCCAGCCACGGGCAAGGACCUGUACGAGCCCACCCACGGUGCUAAGGUCCUCACCAUGGCGCCUGGACUCAUCACCCUGGAGAUCGUACCCUUCAAGGUGGCCGCCUACAACAAAGCCAAGAAGGCCAUGGACUUCUACGACCCCAAGAAGUAAGUCCUGUCACUCACUGUUUGUUUUUCAGUCUCCGUCCAGCUCCUUGUUGUGUGUUUGUGUAUAAGUGUGUUGUCUGUCUGCCUGCCAUUUUGUUUGCAUGAAGCACAGGAUGAUUAGUCCCAAUGGAAUAAUGAGCGUCUUGAGGUUCGAAGAAUGUAAUCAGUGGAUGUCACUCAUAAUACCAGUAUUCUUCAACAAUAGAUGUAAUGAAGUCCAAAUGUUAUAUUCUUGAAGGUUUUAAGAUGUUUCAUCAUGAUGAUGAGUCCUGGUCAUACAGGUCUUGGUGACCUUUCUCAACCAAUCAGAAUUAGUCACCAUUUAGUCAUACUUUUACCUAGAUAUCAAAAUACUAGUAAUGUGUAUAUAUACUGCCUUACAGUCUUGAAGUGGGUAAGCAGGGUUGUGUUCAUUAGGACAAACAACAAAACGUUUUGCAACGCAAAAAGAAAAUGAGCGUUUCUUAUUUUUUUUGUUGCCUUUAUUUAACUAGGCAAGUCAAUUAAGAACACAUUCUUAUUUAUUGGACAAGUGUAGGUAGUAGAUACCUCCCUGUUUCAGAUUGUUGUGAACACGCUCCAGAUAUCCAUCGGUGACAGGAAUGUUGUUCAACAGCCGGUAAACAUUAUCAUGCCUUCCUCCAAUAACCCAAAUUGAUCAUUCAUUAAGCUUCUCCACUCAAACCUCCCAUGUGUUUCCCUUCCUUUUUACGUCUUCAUCUAGAGCAAACAGCAAAGCCAAGAAUAACAGGAACUACUUUGCUUUCCUAUGUGCCUUACAGAGUUUUGUGGCUUUCUCAGAGCUUUUGAAGUCGCUCGGAAAUCACCGAGAACUGCUAUUAAUUAGUCUGUAAAAGUCUGUAUACGGAUACUGCAGACGAUGACUAACGAAAAAUCGUGCAAUCUCAGUGUGCUAUGGGCUUUAAUCCCGUCCACGCUACCACUUUAUCGGCAUGUUUGGCUUAGAAUAUCAUGACUGGAAACUGAUCUGACUGAUCAAAGGAAUAUGAUGGCUAAAAAGUAAGAACUGAUUGAUCAAAAGGUCGAGUAGAUCCAUGACGUAUGUUUUGAUAUCAGAAUAAAUUGAGUUGACGAGAUAAAUAUGAUAUUUGUAUAUCGGGGGGGAAUACCACAAUCGGCAGGAGAACUAGUCUGAAAGGAAAUAUUUCCCCACACCUAGUUAAGUUUCACCUAGGCAUGGGAUUAAGAAAUGGAGCACAGAUAUAUAUUUGAAAGCAGGAGAAUCACUCCCACAGCAAGAGCCACAACUGACAAAGCUGUUUUAUAGCCUGUUUCAUCUGGCUUUCCAUACUCCUAGUCAAGUAUGUUGAUAAAGCCUCACGCCAAAACAAUUUGGUAUGUAAUAAAGGAACAAUAAAUGAAUAUUUCUCUAUCAACUUGUCUUCUACUACGAGUGGCUGAACUAUCCUUUAUCCAGUGUUUCUGGACUAGUUUUACAAUUGGAUAAGACCGUUUGGACAGCAGUAAAUCUUCCUGCUAAAGCGUGAGAUAAUUCUACGGUGUGACUCAGUGGAAACGUAAAAGUAAUGGGACAAAGGUCUAUAGUGGUUACCCUGUCACCACUACCCGAAUUCCCCUUGUGUUCUUUUCAACAAGCCCCCUUAAGAACUGCCGAGUCAGCGCUCAGCAGUCUGGCUUGUCAAGUACCUUAACCACGUUAUAUUCUUCUCCUUCCAGCAAAGUAAUUGUCCGUUUUCUGACUGUCACAAUAACAUUAUAUAACAGGCGAUUCAUUUCAGCUCAAAUUGUGUUGUUUUUAUUAAUAUGAAACCUGAAGACCCGAAAAGAGCUAAGUCAGGAAAGUUCAUAGCCGUACUGACUGGCUCUUUCUGACCAUAUCAGUGCUAGGCUAGCGGCUAGGGAGAGCUGAGAGCAAGAGGGUAAACGCUAAAUCACUAUUUCAAAGGUUCUGGUUGGCGCCUUCUGAAAUUUAUGGCAUUCCGUCUGCUCUCGGGCCACUCCUCGUGCACAUUGUGCCAGCCGGGCGCUGCCAAAUGUGAGAGGAAUAUGGAUGCUAGGCCUAAUUGCCAACGAUCCCCCUUAAAGUCUCCCUCUAUAGUGUAAUGGCUCAAAUCAGCGCAAGCUGUUUCUCAUUUGACCGCAUAUUAAGUGUUCCUCCUCUGCUGUUUGGAGUUUUGUGCUCUCUCUCUUCCCCCUCCCCUCUCUUUCUCUGUGUGUAUCUCUCUCUCUCUCUCUCUCUCUCUCGGUCUGUCUCUCUCUCUCUCUCUCUCUGUCUCUCUCUCUCUCUCUCUGUCUGUGUCUCCCUCUAUCUCUCUCUGUCUCGGUCUGUCUGUCUGUGUGUGUGUCUCUCUCUCUCUCCCUUUCUCUCUCUUUCUGUGUGUCUCUCUCUCUUUCUGUGUGUGUCUGUCUCUGUCUGUCUGUCUGUGUCUCCUCUCUCUCUCUCUCUCUCUACUCUCUCUCUCUACUCUCUAUCUCUUCACUCUCUCUCUCUCUUCUCUUACUCUCUCUCUCUGUGUUGUCUCCCUCAUUCUGGUCUGGUCUCGCGUCUAGUCUCGUGUUAUGUAUCUCUCUCACUCUCUUUCUCUUCCUUUAUUGUGUCUCUGCUUUGUCUCUUUCUCUUUGUCGUUCCUCGUCCUCCUCGUCUGUCUUCGUCGUGUGUUCUCUCUCUCUUCUCUCUCUCUCUCUCUCUGCUCUUUCUUCUCUCUCUCUCUCUCUCUCUUCUCUCUCUCUCUCUCUUCUUCUCUCUCUCUCUCUGUCUCUCCUCUAUUCUCUCUUCUCUCUUCUGUCUGUGUGUGUGUCUCUCUGUCUGUCUGUGUCUCCUCUCUCUCUCUCUCUCUCUCUCUCUCUCUCUCUCUCUCUCUCUCUCUCUCUCUCUCUCUCUCUCUCUCUCUCUCUCUCUCUCCCCCCCCUGUCAUUUCCACCUAUUGUAAUGAAUACAAGUCCUCCACUAUCAGAGUUCAUCAAAGUAUUUUUGUAAACUUUUAGGACCAGAACAUGUUGAGCAUAGUAUACAGUAGAACAGGUUAACUGGAUAGCGAUUCUAGAAUUUUCACUUCUUCCCAGCGAGACUGCAAGUGUUAGCCCCUUGGCCCGAGCUAUAAAUCUGAUAGAAAAUAGGACAAUCUGAUAAGGUGUGACUAUCCAGUACAAAAGUGACAGUAAUUUAUGGGGAGAAUACAGUAAUUUAUGGGGAGAAUACAGUAAUGUAUGGGGAGAAUACAGUAGUUGAAGAUGUGUUCAACAGUGGGUUUGCAUUACAAAGGUCAGGAGGAAGGUUAUCCCAUUACUUCCUGUGGAGAAGGAGAGCCAGUCUGUUUGUCUGAAGGUGUAAAACGGGAGCUGACACGUUGGCACCCCUGUCAGACACACACACGCUCUGGGUUCUGCCACCUGGCUGUCAGUCUGGUCUGCAUUGGGCUGCACUCUGUACUGCAGGCUCAGGUCUCACUGUUGGGCAGAGGACAAUAACAUGAGGAUGACUCUCAGCAGCACUAGGGCAGGAACUAGGGAGUUUUAAUGUAAUUUAUCUAUUACGUUUAUUUGAACAGGGACAAUGUACUACAAAAACACACAUUUCAGUACACUUAAGAAAUGAUGCAUUGUACCAGAUUUAACAGCUCAUUUCCAUCUGCUGUGGGUUCAAGGAAUAGACAACCCAGAACCCACAGAGUCCUUAAGAAUGAGAUGAAUUGACUAAUUUUAAAGUCCAAUUCAAGAAUGGAGAAAAAAAAUGACAUUUUCUGAAUUGAAAUGAAAAUGAACCCCAAUCCAACCCCUAAAUUGUCUGCUGGCUUCAAAGUGUAACUUCAGGAGUGUGGUAGACAGGAGAGGACUCUGCAGAACGUUUGGAACAGGAAUUUGCAUCAACUCUCCAGCCCCCCAGUAGGCUCCUACUAGAACUCUGGUCAGGAACCCAUGAUGAGGUUUAAUGUGUGGAAACAUUGUGGCUCUUGCUGCGGCUCUAACAGUACAAAUCUAUACAAGACACUCCGCUGCGCACAUCAGCCCACAUGACAGCAAACCGCGGAGAAACGAAACCACAUUUGACAAAUGUGAUUAUUAUGAGGAAAGUGCAUUGUAACGGUGGUGAGAGCAGGAAUGUGCUUGAAUGUUACCCCAUUUGUCUAAAUUAAGGAAUCUACAGUAGUAUCUAAUUAAUCUAAUCAUUGACAAACAUUUAAUUUAUCCUCCACUUACUAUUAAUGUGUGGCGGAGUCAUGGGAGAUUGUAUUUAGACUAGUCGGUUUGUUGCAGGAAUUCUCUCAUUUUGGUUUGAGACUAAUUAGCUGUGUUUAGACAUGUUUUGCCAGUGUUUAUUUUCUAACCAGUUGUUUAAACUGAAAAGUCUAACAGAAGGUUUGAAUUUAAUGGCGAAGGUCUGACGUUUAGAUUUCUCUCUUCUUUUUUUUGCCGCUGGCUUGAAGCAAUGUCUUUAUGUACCGCUGUUUCAUGUGUCUGAGAUUCUUUUGAUAUACGAAGUCCCCUAGCAUAAGGGGACUCGAGUGCGUGUUUACUUCAAUUACCGAAAUACCUAGCCUUUUUUUCAAACAUAUGAAGUGCAUUUUGUGAAUUUCCCGCAAAGAACUCUUCCUAAAGUGUCUGAAGUUUGUCAUGCCAUUCAUCCACACAGUGAGUUAGAAGAUCUCUCCCCACUUACCAAACAACCUUUCAGAGUCAGGCUGUUGAAAUGACAGACUGUGCCUUUUUAAAACCUCCUUUUUUGUUUUCCAGCCAUCAAGACUAUGACUUCAUCUCAGGGACACGGAUGCGUAAGAUGGCUCGCGAGGGACAGAACCCUCCGGAAGGUUUCAUGGCCCCCAAAGCUUGGGCUGUACUGGUGGAGUACUACCAGUCCCUGGAGAAGGCUACAUAAGGUCAAAUGUGGUCAAAGGUCAAAAUGGGGGACGUCAGGGUCGUAUUCAUUAGGGCACACAAUAGCACUUUUAAAAAUGUUUCUCACCAAGAAAAAACGAAAACAAGCGGUUCUCAUUGGACAAGUCCAGAUAGUCCCUCCCUGCUUCAGUCCAUUUUCCUUUGUUUGGUGCCUAAUGAAUACGACCCAGCUAUCUCCUCUAAAACAGUUAAAAGAUGAAUACGAGGACCAUUGAACAGCUAUAGCUAUCGUUCCAUCCUUGCUCUGUGGCUCGCUUCCAGAUGUCCCCCUCCAACACACACUCCACCUCUCCACUCCACUCCUCUCCUCUCUCAUUCUGCUGCUACUGUCACUGGGCUUCAGUCUUACCACACUGAGGAUGUACUUUAUUUAAACUCACCAUUAGAAAUUGGUUUCACUAAUUGUGCAACUAUCAGUAUUUUAAAUGUUUUUAAACUGGAAAUGUGUUCGAAGGUCCAUUUUAAAAGGUGUGAUGAGGCGAAGAUUGUGAAUGAAUUGUCUUUUUAGAGAAUGAUGCGAAAAGUUCCCUCAUUAUGUAACAAGAUGUGGUUUAGUAUGAAAACAUGAUACAUGUAGGAAGUCAAUGUACCUCUUAUUAAUAUUUCAUAGAACUGUUACCGUGCCCUGUGCCCAUGGCUAAGGUGAUCAUAUUGAUUAUUUCCAGUGUUUGGCUUUGUCCCUUUGUCCGCAUGCACACUGCAAAUAAGUUCCUGGAAACAGUAGACUCAUCUAGUGAACUUAAAACAAGCCAUCACUGUGUAGCUUCACUCUGUGGGUAACUGUCAUCUGAGGUUGUUGGCCUAACUGUGGUUUGAAUUGGAGUUUGAAGUCAAGUUGAGUGCCUUGUCUUUGUCAAUCGUUCUCUCACAGAGACAUUGCAUUCUCUCACACACACACACACACCUGUUCAAUCUCCCACUUGCCUCUCUGUUACAAUAAAACGGUCCAAUAGAUCCAGGAAACAAUCUGCACAGCAGAUGAGACAAACUAAUUCAAUGUUUUUAUGGGGAUGUGCAACUGGACUAAACCUUUAGAAAUACUUACACACUGUUUUAACAUUAGCUUUAUUUCUCCAUACUGAUAAGUGAUGAUAUGUUAUCUUUUUACCUUGAUGUAGCAUGUAGUGAAGCGUUUACCACCCAUGAUUGUUGUUUUAGUGAAUUAUCUGUUUUUUGGUUGUUGAUGUCUCACACAGGAGGUUGGUGGGACCUUAAUUGGGGAGGACGGGCUGGUGGUAAUGACUGGGGCAGAAUAGUGGAAUAGUAUCAAAUACAUCAAACGCAUGUUUUCAAUGUGUUUGAUGCCAUUCCAUUUGCUCCGUUCCAGCCAUUAUUAUGAGCGGUUCUCCCCUCAGCAGCCUCCUGUGUUCUGUCACUAUAUAUAUUAGUUUGUUUGCUGGUUUUAAUAUUCUUUGUACUGAGUUAUAAUAUUUUCCAUUUGGUUACUACUGUACAAACAUGUGUCUGCUCUGUCAGUAUGGUUGGAAGAAAAUAUAUGGGUUUAUAUAUUAUUGUCCAUGUUCUCCAAUAAACAGUUUUUAGCAAAUAGAUACAUUUUGUGUUUAAUUUUUUGUUGGGUUAUCCAUGGUCCACAAAAGCUACAUAUAAAUAAAAUGGUUCCAGACUCUGAAAUAUACUGUAUCAUCAAAGAAUUCAUGUUUAACUCAGAACUAAAUCUAAUUUGCUUCAAAAAGAACUACCAUUGAUGAGCUUUCAAUGACUUAAACCAGAGUAGGUGAUCUCAUUCCCAAUGCAUACCGUUAAAAUACCCUGCCAUUUCCCAUCAGGCACAUAUAGUACUGACGUAUGUGUGACAACCUGUAAUGUGUUUCAACUGGUCCUGUUGUGGUUCUGUCGUACGUCUCAGUGCCUCAUGUCCACAUGUGUUAUAUAGGAAUUUCCAUUCGUUUUAAUAUUCUCAGACCCUGCACAUUGAAACCGCUCUGUGCUCACUGCUCAAUCACGGGACAGGUCACUCCACUGUAUAGCAGAAAGGAAAGACCCCUUCAUGCUCCCCUUCUCACACUCUCUGUCUCUGUCUCGUGUGUGUGUGUGUGUGUGUGUAUGUCACACACACACACUGUCCAACUCCCAGCUGGGGCCCAGAUGCAUCGGCCCUGUGAAAGUGGAACACAGAGGGUUAAUCCGUGCCCUUAAACAAGUAGCCCCUCUCAGACAGGAGGACCCUGGAUAUUUCAUCUAAUCCACCUCAUGGAGACCUCAGUAACCAAUAGACCUGCCUGCCAGCAGUCAUUUUUCCACCCCACUUUGCCAGACCUUGUUCAAUCUUAAAUGGUAAUCAAUCUCGGACCUCGAUACCACUUCAAAGGGAGUGCUGUUGUUUUUUUUUUAGCUGUAAAUGAAGGAAUGCUGUAGGGAUUGGGAAGGUUGCGUUACAUUUUGGUUGUUCUUUUAACUUUCUCGGAGGUGGGGGGGGUGUAGUUCUCUUUGGGGGGGGUUCAGGUGUGCAGAGUUAUACUGCAGAUUCCCUUUAACCCUUGUGAUGUUUUAGCUGGAUCACAUACAGUGAGGGAAAAAGUAUUUGAUCCCCUGCUGAUUUUGUACGUUUGCCCACUGACAAAGAAAUGAUCCAGUCUAUAAUUUUAAUGGUAGGUUUAUUUGAACAGUGAGAGACAGAAUAACAACAACAAAAUCCAGAAAAACGCAUGUCAAAAAUGUUAUAAAUUGAUUUGCAUUUUAUUGAGGGAAAUAAGUAUUUGACCCCCUCUCAAUCAGAAAGAUUUCUGGCUCCCAGGUGUCUUUUAUACAGGUAACGAGCUGAGAUUAGGAGCACACUCUUAAAGGGAAUGCUCCUAAUCUCAGCUUGUUACCUGUAUAAAAGACACCUGUCCACAGAAGCAAUCAAUCAAUCAGAUUCCAAACUCUCCAACAUGGCCAAGACCAAAGAGCUCUCCAAGGAUGUCAGGGACAAGAUUGUUGACCUACACAAGGCUGGAAUGGGCUACAAAACCAUCGCCAAGCAGCUUGGUGAGAAGGUGACAACAGUUGGUGCAAUUAUUCGCAAAUGUAAGAAACACAAAAGAACUGUCAAUCUCCCUCGGCCUGGGGCUCCAUGCAAGAUCUCACCUCGUGGAGUUGCAAUGAUCAUGGGAACGGUGAGGAAUCAGCCCAGAACUACACGGGAUGAUCUUGUCAAUGAUCUCAAGGCAGCUGGGACCAUAGUCACCAAGAAAACUAUUGGUAACACACUACGCCGUGAAGGACUGAAAUCCUGCAGCACCUGCAAGGUCCCCCUGCUCAAGAAAGCACAUAUACAGGGCCGUCUGAAGUUUGCCAAUGAACAUCUGAAUGAUUCAGAGGAGAACUGGGUGAAAGUGUUGUGGUCAGAUGAGACCAAAAUGGAGCUCUUUGGCAUCAACUCAACUCACCGUGUUUGGAGGAGGAGGAAUGCUGCCUAUGACCCCAAGAACACCAUCCCCACCGUCAAACAUGGAGGUGGAAACAUUAUGCUUUGGGGUGUUUUUCUUCUAAGGGGACAGAACAACUUCACUGCAUCAACCUCCUUCCCUCAGCCAGGGCAUUGAAAAUGGGUCGUGGUUGGGUAUUCCAGCAUGACAAUGACCCAAAACACACAGCCAAGGCAACAAGGAGUGGCUCAAGAAGAAGCACAUUAAGGUCCUGGAGUGGCCUAGCCAGUCUCCAGACCUUAAUCCCAUAGAAAAUCUGUGGAGGGAGCUGAAGGUUCGAGUUGCCAAACGUCAGCCUCGAAACCUUAAUGACUUGGAGAAGAUCUGCAAAGAGGAGUGGGACAAAAUCCCUCCUGAGAUGUGUGCAAACCUGGUGGCCAACUACAACAAACGUCUGACCUCUGUGAUUGCCAACAAGGGUUUUGCCACCAAGUACUAAGUCAUGUUUUGCAGAGGGGUCAAAUACUUAUUUCCCUCAUUAAAAUGCAAAUCAAUUUAUAAAAUUUUUGACAUGUGUUUUUCUGGAAUUUUGUUGUUGUUAUUCUGUCUCUCACUGUUCAAAUAAACCUACCAUUAAAGUUAUAGACUGAUCAUUUCUUUGUCAGUGGGCAAACGUACAAAAUCAGCAGGGGAUCAAAUACUUUUUUCCCUCACUGUACAUUGUAUAAGAAGUGAUUAUCACUCCUUUUCAUCUGUGUGAAGAAUAGAGGUAAUCUUUCAGAUAGCUCUACCCUUAAUCAGAUGGGACUUUGAACUUUUGUCAUAUCUGAUUUCAUUAUAAAAUUCGCCAAAGAGUGUUCCUUUACAACAUGGCUGGCUGCCAGUCCAAAAAAUACUACUAGAAAGAUGUUAAUGCUUCUACUAAUGUUACUGUGCCAUGUACCUGUCUGUCUACUCUCCUCACCUGUCUGUCUACUCUCCUCACCUGUCUGUCUCCUCACCUGUCUGUCUACUCUCCCCUUCUGUCUGUCUGUCUGUCUGUCUACUCACCUUUCCCUGUCUGGUUCUGUCUAACUCUACUCCCUGUCUGUCUGUCUACUCCCAUCAACCUGGUCCUGUCUGUCCCUACUCCCCUCAACCUGUGUCCUGUCCUACUCUCCUACGCCCUGUCUGUCUGUCUGUUUCUGUCGACGCCACCGUCUGUCUGUCUGUCUACUCUACUCACCUGUCUGUCUGUCUACUCUAACUCACCUGUCUGUCUGUCUACUCACCUCACCUGUCUGUCUGUCUACUCACCUCACCUGUCUGUCUGUCUACUCUCCUCACCUGUCUGUCUGUCUGUCUGUCUGUCUACUCACCUGUCUGUCUGUCUGUCUACUCUACUCACCUGUCUGUCUACUCACCUCCUGUCUGUCUACUCACCUGUCUGUCUGCUCACCUCACCUGUCUGUCUACUCUCCUCACCUGUCUCACUUGUUCACAUUGACUUGAAUCACUGUCUCACAUCAUCAGGACAUUCUCACCAUUUACUUUCUUUCAUCUUGGCUAAAACUGUAGAACAGCUUUGCUGAAACAGUGUUUCGAGACAGUUUUAUGUACAGUACAGUUUAUGAGAUUGCCAUGAUGAUUGCCAGAUAUGCUAAAUGCUUGGCUUGACUGGAGGUGCUAUACUGUGGUAUAUCUACUUUCAAAGCAAUUUAGAAAAUGGCAUAAAUGAAGGUGAUCCCUUUUUGUCAACUAGAACAGAGGCAAAUGCAAUAAGGAAAAAUGCAACUCAAGUAACAUCUAAGGACUUACAUAUAACUAAAUUAGUAGCCAGCUGAUCAACUAGGUGUUCAUGGGCAAUGCAACAAGAUGUCAUAGUACAGCAAGCUUUAAUGUACUGUAAUGCCAUUUGUGAUUGAUGUGAAAAGAAACUGUCUGUUCCUCCUCCUGCUAUCCUAGAGAUUCUCCAGUCCAUAGAUAUGCACGGUGACCUAUACGUGGCACAUAUGAUGACAUCACACCCCCUCCCCAUCGCCAAAAGGUUCAGCCGCUUACAUGGACUCCGUCUGCAUUUAUCUCCAAUUUCCCCCCAUCUGGUUCAAGUUCCCAUUAUAAAAACAGGCUUCUUCUUCUUCACAAAAUACAAUACAAUGGUAUAUACACCAGGAUGUCUGGUGGACUCUGGACAGAAAAAUCAAAGCAAAGCUAACUCCAGCAUGUCAUAAAAUAAGACAGGGGGGUUGUCAUCCUUAUUUCUCUGUUCCCAUAUCAAGUCCAUACUGACUCCAUACUAUCCUGGUCACAUGGUUUAGAGAGAUGACUGUAUAAUAACAACAUAGUACAGUAGGCUAGCCUUGUUCCAGAUCUGGGCAGGGAUGUAGCUCAGUUGGUAGAGCAUGGCGUUUGCAACGCCAGGGUUGUGGGUUCGAUUCCCACGGGGGGCCAGUAUGAAAAAAAUAAAAAAUAAUAAUAAUGUAUGCACUCAUUAACUGUAAGUCGCUCUGGAUAAGAGCGUCUGCUAAAUGACUAAAAUGUAAAUGUAUCUGUUUCUGCUAAAUAGCCAACUCCUAUGGUCAUUUGCAUGACAAUGAUCUGGAACCUGGCUAAAUACAGUAUACUAACUAAGUCUUGGAGCUUGGCGUACCAUUAAGGGCUAUUGUGGCGACAGCUGUGGUUGCGUAAUGAUCAUUUCUCUUUAUCGGAGUAUCCUCAUCACUAGUCACCAUGGUGUUUACACUGUAGCUAUGUGAUCCUAUGACUUUUUUGGCUUCCAUCAUGAAUUAGUGUAGUGAUGUCAUCCAAAGUGGACAUAAAUCUCUAGGAAAAGACUUGAUAACAUCAGCCUGGGGGUUAACGCCACAUGAUUGGCCACUGUCACAUAAACAUACAUCAUGUAGCCUUGCUACUUCUACUUGCUGUCGAUAUAUGAUACUGAAGACAUGUUAUUACUACAACAUAUCUCAGCUGGGAGAAAUCCAUUAAGGCUAAUUAUAUUAUCCUGUCUGUUCAUCGUAUCAGAAUGAGACGGGACAGGCCGGGAGACCAUUACCUCAGUAGUGGGGGAAGACUAGAACAUAUAAAGAGGAGGAUGUCAUUCAUCAAAUGAUCCUGCUCUGGCCCGCUGCACAUCAAAGGCAAGCAUCUGUUUCAGGCAGGGGAGAGGGAAGGACCAAGGAGGAAUUCUUCCAGGCUGUUUUACCACACAGGGGUCAGCGGCCUGACAGGCAUAUACCGAGGUGGGCCUUGAGCUCAGCCCAGCUCCAGCCUGCGGUAUCUACCCAUCGCCUUCCCCCUACAGUCCCACCUACAGAGCACUAGCUGUCUGACAAUGGGAACAUUCCACCUGCCUGGUAUGCCUGCCUACCAGCUACCUGGAGGAAAGAGACAAGGGAUUUUUAUGAUGUCAGUGUUAGGUUCAGUCCCCAAGCAU